AUGGCACGCCCAGAGUGCAAUCCCGACUAUGUGAACGCCGUCUGGGCUUUCUACCGGUUUAUCCCAUCUACCGCCGCUAACACGGUCUUCAUCGUCCUCUUUGGGCUCGCCACGAUCCUCCAUUUUUUCCAGAUGCUCCGAACCAAAACAUGGUAUCUAACUGCGCUUUUUGCAGGCGGUGUCGCCGAGCUGAUUGGUUACAUUGGUCGACUGAUGAAUGCGUUGCAAAAGCCGGGAUGCUGGACACUGGGACCUUACAUCAUGCAAAACGUCUUGAUUCUCAUCGCGCCUGCCCUGAUGGCUGCUUCCAUCUACAUGAUCCUCGGACGAAUCAUUCUCUUGACCGACGGUGAGCGUUAUGCCUUGGUCAAGCGCCGCUGGCUUACAAAGCUAUUUGUUACGGGCGAUGUCGUUUCCCUGAUGAUGCAGGCUUCUGGAGGUGGUCUCAUGGCCAUCAAUGCCGACCUGAUGAAAAUUGGAGAGAAGGUCAUUAUCGGCGGUCUAUUCGUCCAACUCGCGUUCUUCGGCUUCUUCAUCAUCGUCGCCGCGAUCUUCCACUAUCGCAUGCGCCAGAACCCAACGAGCCAAGCCUCUCAACCUCGCAUCCGCUGGCAAAUCUACCUCAUGACCCUCUACGUCACAGGAACGCUGAUCUGGAUUCGAAGUCUGUUCCGAGCGAUCGAGUUUAUCGAAGGCAACAUGGGGCCGCUGAUGCGCCAGGAGGUGUAUGUCUUUGUUUUCGACGGCAUGCUGAUGUUCAUUGUGCUUCUGUGGAUGAACUGGUUCCAUCCUAGCGAGAUUGGGCUUCUCCUUCGUGGGGACGAGCCGAUCAGGAACGGGCUGGAGCUGGUUAUAAUGAAGCCUAUUGGGAGCAGUCGGUCGAAGACGAUGGAGAGCCUGUCUUCGAGCAGCGAAGGGAUUGCCGUUCCCAAUUAUCAGAGGGCAUAA